UGCAGAGGGGACUAUUUAUGGUUUGUUAUGACAUAAGUUUAAGAGGGUUAUACUGAAAAUACGGUGGCUGCCGAGUAGGUUCGAUUGGCGUCCUUUAAAAUGACCGAUGGAGACGGUGUUAUGCUGCAGGCUCUUUUCAACACAGCCAGAAACGGGAGUGGCAGAGAAAUGACAGUAACUUUUGACGCGGGCAGGAUCUGCUGGGAGACUGAGGAGAGCAGUGUAGAGGGAGCUGUUGGGCACAAACCGGACUCCCAAAGGAAAGAUCUGGGCGCAAUCAAAGGAAAUGUAUUGAUAGACGAUGUUCUUCUGGCAGAACUUGACGAUGUGCAGGACGGGGAAGACAAUCCCACUACAGUCUCGUUUACCAUCCAUUAUGCGAGUCACAUCCAUGAGAAGAAAGAACCACGCAUCUGUACUAGCAAUGUCCGUUUUUUCGGGACGAAAGAAAACAGCAAAGAAUGGGUGGACAGUAUACAGAAUGCGCUGUCCACAAAGUUUCCUCAUCGACCAAAACGCUUGCUGGCUUUCAUAAAUCCCAUCAGUGGCAAACGAAAUGGAGUGAAGAUCUUUGAAGAAAAAGCACGCCCUCUGUUGGACAAAUUCAUCACUGAGACAGACGUCAUAGUCACAGAAAAAUCUGGCCACAUAGAAGAGAUUUUGGAAUCCAAAGAUCUGGAAGAAUACGAUGGGAUAUUGUCCGUUGGUGGUGACGGUACAUUGGCAGAGGUCGUGAAUGGGCUCGUGCGGAGAUCGACACCAGAUCUCGGGCUGGACGAGAACUGUGAGAUAAGCCUGUCCCCAUCUCCUCACCCAAUAGGGAUCCUGCCAACAGGAUCUGGGAACAUCAUUCUGCACAAUGCCAACGCUAGCAGAGAUGUUGUGACCGCCACACUGUGUAUUAUAUUAGGAGAAACCCUUGGCAAAGAUGUGGCCAGCGUUCAUUCAGGAAAGAAGCUAAUUCGCUACACAAAUCUCUCGACAGCCGUCGGCUUCUUCGUGGACUGGAGUCGAAGAGCCGAGAGGAGCCGAUGGAUGGGCAUGGGGAGACUACUCUGGGGCGGAGUGUACUCUUUGGCCAAACACUCUUCGAUUGAAGUGGAAAUAGAGUAUUUACCGGUGGACAGUUCCCAGAGUAGUGAAAGAGCAACAGAGGCGGAAGCCAGCAGUUCGUCUUCAGAGUUAAGUAACGGCUGGCGUAAGGUCAGUGGUCAGUUUGUCCAGUGUGACAGCUAUGUGAUUGACCCUGCCGGACAUCCAGUGCGAAAGACUUACGCUAACGGACAGAUGUGUUUGAUACUCGUCAAACCGUGCAGUAGGACAGCACAUGUAAAGUUCCUGGCGAAAUUCUUCAAGCAAGAUUCACAAGCGUAUGACUUUGAAUUUGUAGAAAAUAUCAAAGUGAAAGCUUACAAACUACAACCAAUCGGCAACUGGAAAAAUAAUGAGGGCAACCAUUACCUGAAUGUGGACGGUGACAUAGUCUGUCUGCCGGAAGCGAGUUAUAGCGUCAGGAUACAUCCAGAACUUGUUCGACUGUUUGCGAGAAAAUCAGAGGUGUUUGAAUCCAAGGAUGCCGGACCUGCGCAACAGCUCUCAUCUGAAAAUUAAACUGUCAAUCAUUUUUACUGAGGAUUACGCCCGCUGUUAUUGUUCGUAGGGCCUUGCAGUGCAUGCAUGCUCCUUGUAACGCAGGCGCUGCUCAUUUCGUCUGUUUUACAUCGCUGCCACCAUGCAAAUUUUUUAACUCCAAGGUCAUUGGCGUCGGGAUGAUGAGGCAGGCAGUGACGUCAGAAAACACACAAAAACCUUACCUUUGUUUCUGUAAAGUCUUGACACAUUUGCAUUCUCUUUUCCUAAAGUACGCAAACAACAUGAUUCUAACGAAUUUUUGAAACAGUUUUAUUGAUUUAUUUAUUUGAUUGGUGUUUUACGCCGUACUCAAGAAUAUUUCACUUAUACGACGUCGGGCAGCAUUAUGGUGGGUGGAACAGUUUUAUUGAUGAAUGCUGAUUGUAGGUUCGAAGUCAUCAGUGGUGAGGAAAAGCCUAAACAAGCCUAGAUCUGCGUGGCCUCAGACCCCUAUUAAAUUUCCAUAAGCGACAAUGUUAACGCAUAGUGCUGUAACUCAGCUCCAAACAUUCCGUGGCCAAUAAGCUUUGCAUCCUACCUGCUCCAACUUUUGAGAAAGCAGCCAUAAAAAUGUUGACAUAGGUUGACCGUCGAAAUCUGGACCUCUGCCAGCAGCUAUUCACCAAAAAUUGCACGCUGACAGCGAAAAAAAGACUUUGCACCCUAAAAUACACAGAAUCGGAAGUGCUCAAAAGGUAUUGAUUCCACGUGUGUUGCACAUGUUCCAAAGGUCAAGUUGUCUGCUAGUGGUGGCAGUGGUGCAUGUAAAGCGAGCGUAGAGAGCUACAUAUGCGUUGUAAGAAGUAUGUCGUGGAUAACCAUCGGGCACGUUUGUGUGGUGUAAUUCCGUUAAGACCACUUGGUUUCCAAUAAGUUUUUAGAGUUUUCGCAUUUUCGACCUUGACCUAAGAAAACGACGAUGGUAGGUUAGUAUCCGCCUUCCCUAUUUAAUACACAUAUAUACAUCUCUCUAGGGAGUAUUAAAUCACUAUGUGUUUCAUUUAUAGGAAGGCUUGACAAUAAUACAUUUUUUUUAUUAUUGUCAUCUCCAUAGGACUUUUUGUGCGGGAAUUUUUUGGUCAACCUGUUAUCAUUAUUGUGUGAUAUAAAUGCAGAUCAGUUUGUAUUUUCCACAUUUGAGCUUAUACAUUUUAACAAGAGACACUGUCAAAUUAUUAGAAAUAAUAUAUAUUUGUAUGUUAAAAAAACUCAGAUAAUGCAUCAUAAAAAUAUAUCAUUUAUAAUUUUUAGACCAACGAAUAUGAGGAUAAUAUGGUUCAUUUUACACUAUUUACAUUUAUUUACUAUUUAAUAGCCUACGUGUAUCCAAAGUCACACUUCAUGUCAUUUAUGGAAAAUAUUCAUCAUACGAUCGAAUAACUUAGUUGACGGAUUUUACAAAUAAUAGCCAAGGCUUGGCCGAUUUUAUGGGUAUAGACGGUUUUCUUAUAAGCGUUUUGUUGCAGGCAAUGCAUUUCCUUUAAUCUUCUUAUUUAAUCCUAGCGAGGUAUAACAAAGGAGGUGCCUUAAUCCCUUUUCCCACCUGGUGUGUUUAUCGCAGCGUGAUUAUACCGGAAAGCUACAUGUACUGUACAGCUCUUUUCAGCUAGUCUCAAUUCAACUCCGCAUGACGCCCGACAGACAAAUAUUUAUUUAUUUGAUCGGUAUUUUACGCUGUAAUCAAGAAUAUUUCACUUAUACUACGAGGCCAGCAUUAUGGUGGGAGGAUACCGGACAAAGUCCGGGGAAAACCCACGACCAUCGGCAGGUUGCUGCAGACCUCACGUUCGGCCGGACGACUAUUUAUCUUUGACACUUGGUGAACGCAAUUUAUAAAUGUGUUCAGACAGAUACUUGGUGCGUUGGGAUAGGUGAGCUGUCUUCCUUCUGACAUUUGGCCGGUCUAUUUGAAUACCUGUCUUUUAAUUCUCUGCUUGAGUAAGAGAUAUAUGUUUACAUUUGUAAGAAUUUAUGUUUGGCCUGUUGUUGGGGUAUAAAAUAUAAUGCUACUAAAUAAAUUUACUCUUUGUGUAAGAAAAUUGUUGUUAAUUCUAUGUUGGGGUAUGUAAUACGGGAAUGUAUCCUUGUCUUUGUGAGUAUUUCUUUUUUUUUUUAAUUCUCUGUCUGCGUAUGAAAUAUUUAGAAGAGUCUGACAGCAACUUGCGGAUGGUCGUGGGUUUCCCCCGGGCUCUGCCCGGUUUCCUCCUACCAUA